GCAGGGAACCUCACGAAUCUUCAGGUCGAAGGGUCUUCAGCACUGCUUUUUGCUUUUGAAGAAAACAACUUGAAAGGCUGUAACAAUGGAAGCUCAUUCAGUUGUUCCUGAUGUUGUAGAUGUUCUUCCCGAACAAGUCAUCAAGGUGAAAUAUGGAGACCUGGAAGUGGACAUGGGCAAUUCACUGACUCCAACUCAGGUUAAGAAACCACCAACAUCAAUCUCAUGGCCUGUUGAAGAUGGGGCAUUUUAUACUCUUCUAAUGACAGAUCCUGAUGCACCCAGUCGUCACGACCCCAAGUUCCGAGAAUGGCACCACUGGCUUGUUGUAAACAUCCCUGGUUGUGACAUCACUAAAGGAGAAGUGAAGUUGGAGUAUGUUGGGUCCGGACCUCCCAAAGGCACAAAGCUCCAUCGCUACGUAUUCCUUGCAUACAAACAACCUGGCAAGAUUAGCUACACUGAUCAAGUAGUGUGCAGCAGGCCUGGUUUUGAGCGUGCUUCGAGAAAGGCACGUGAUCUGGCCGCCAAGUACAAUCUCGGCAAUCCGGUGGCGGGAAAUCUUUUCCAGGCUGAACACGAAGGGUGAUGCACUGGACGCACAGGAACUGGUCAAACUAGUCCCAAGCUUGAUAUGGACGGCACUGCACAUGGAUAACGUUCGUUUGCAACUUAGAUUAGGUCUUAUCUCGUAGAAAUCAAGACUUGGUCAAGUUUUCACCUGAGCACUUUGUUUAGCCAGAUAGAAUGUGUGGGGCGUUAUCGCUCUGUUAGGGAAGUUUCGAGAAAACGGCGUUAUGUUCACAUGGAUAUGAUUAUCUUCUGAUAGUCCUGAUAACGUAGGACAUAUCAAUAACUUAACUUACUCGUUGGACUUGCAGUAUAUUGUACCAAGCUGAUGUAAACGAUAACUUAAGUUUAUUUGGGUCACUGAAUAAAAUCCGUUGAACUGUCC